UUGGGUGCGAGAAGAGGCAUUUGGGACGAGAAAAAAGGAGUUGGGAGAGGGCAGUAAGGGUGGGUUGGGGUGGGAGAGACAGGGUGUUUGGCAGGAGGGAGGAAGAGGGGAGCCCUCAGGCACGCUCUUUCCCUCGGACCCGGGUGAGCUCUGGGUGUCCGGAGGGAGCGCCUGCCGCGCUGUCCCUGCGGGACACGACGGUACCGCGGCCCUGUGGAAGUCCGUGCGGAGCAGUGAUGGUUGUAGGAGGGUUUUAUUGUUUUGAGCAUUCUAAGGCGUUGCUUUCAGAUGAGAUGCCUUUCCUUCGUUCAUAAAAAGAAAUCCCAGGGAGAAAUUUGCAGCAGAGGGUUUAUCAGAGUCCUGGUUUAAGAGUAUGCGGUACUGACACUUAGAAGGCAUGUUCACAGAACAAAGAAAUGCGGAACAUAAUCUACCCACAGAUCUCAAGAGCAGUCUGAACAUUUAUCAGAGGUAGAUGCAUAAAGAAGAGAGGACACAACUAUGGCUGCUACAGUGAACUUGGAGCUGGAUCCCAUUUUUCUGAAAGCCCUGGGCUUUUUGCACUCAAAGAGUAAGGACUCUGCUGAAAAGCUGAAAGCACUUCUUGAUGAGUCGUUGGCCAGAGGAAGUGACUCGAGCUAUCGUCCCUCUCAGAAGGAAGUAGAGCAACCAAAAGUGUCUGUCACCAAACCCAUUAAGCAGGAGCCUAAAGCUUCAUCCAGUUUGCCUUCUGGCAACAAUGGCAAGCCCAUUGCAUCAGAAAAGGUGAAAAAAGAAACAGAAAAGAGAUCUGCAGAUAAAAUGAAAGGGGAUCCUGCUGAAGGAGCUGACGCACCAAAGAAGCCCAGAGUAGAGAAGCAAGAGGCUCGUUCCUCUCCUAUUACAGUUCAGACAAGCAAGGAUUUAUCCAUGCCUGAUUUAUCUAGCUUUGAGGAAACCAGUGCUGAUGACUUUGCCAUGGAAAUGGGAUUAGCCUGUGUUGUUUGCAGGCAAAUGACAGUUACUUUUGUGAAUCAGCUAGUGGAGUGUCAGGAGUGCCAUAAUCUCUACCACCAGGAUUGCCAUAAACCUCAGGUGACAGACAAGGAAGUGAAUGAUCCUCGACUUGUCUGGUAUUGUGCCCGCUGUACCAGGCAAAUGAAGAGAAUGGCUCAGAAGACACAAAAACCGCCUCAAAAACCAGCUCCUGCAGUGGUUUCAGUUGCACCAGCUUUGAAGGAUCCAUUGGUCAAGAAACCAGAAAUCAAGUUAAAACCUGAGACCCCACCAGCUUUUCUGGCAUUCAAGAGAACAGAAGUCAAGACCUCAGCAGCAGUUUCGGGGAACUCUGCCAGUACAAGCGUUUCCUCUUCAGCAACAAGUGGCCUUACAGGAUGGGCUGCUUUUGCAGCCAAAACCUCCUCUGCCAACCCAUCAACUGCCAAACUGGGAUCAACAGCACAGAGUGCCAGCGGGAAACCUGCAGCUUCUUCAAAUAACCAAAAACCCGUGGGUUUGUCAGGGCUGGCGACUUCAAAAACAGGACUGGGGACCAAAAUAGCUUCUGCUAACAACAGCGUAAACCCUGUUCAGCUGAAGCCUCCCCCACCGCUGACCCUGGGGAAGACAACGCUGAGCCGCUCAGUGAGCAGCGACAACGUUAGCAAGGCCGGGCUGCCCAGCCCCAGCAGUGCCGGCCCCGGUUCCAGCAGCAGCAGCGGCCCAGCCAGUGGGAAUGGCAGCGGAUCCACAGGGAGCAGCACUGGCAAAACCACGCCUGACACCAGCAGCCAGCCAGCAUCCCUGAAGGGCCCGACCUCACAGGAGUCCCAGCUCAAUGCCAUGAAAAGGUUACAGAUGGUCAAGAAGAAGGCUGCUCAAAAGAAGCUCAAGAAGUAGUCUGGCCACUCACUGAUGUUCCGCGAGACAGUGGCAUCGGUGUUUUUCCUAAAGAAAAUCCUCCGGGUACUGGACUGAAAGUGGUUAAAUCAGGGAAGCCCAAACCCUAUGUUAUACAGAAGGUCAAACUUUAAUAAUUCUGGUACUGGACUGAAAGUGGUUAAAUCAGGGAAGCCCAAACCCUAUGUUAUACAGAAGGUCAAACUUUAAUAAAAAUUCUGGAAUUCCUUCUGCUUUUGCAAAUCUGUGAAUUGAAUAUGUUAAAGGAGUUCAUUAUUACAGCUCAAAACACUGAAACUUGAAAUUGUAAAAGUUGGGUAUUCUUUAAUAUUAAAACUUCCUCAUUUGUGUAGAUACUUAAUAAAUUGAACUUGCUGAAACUUUCAUUCUUAAAUGUUAAUAAUAAAAUGAUUAUUAAUUUGGGAA